CGGCGCGAUGCGGCAGCUGUGCCGGGGACGAGUGCUGGGCAUCUCGGUGGCCAUCGCGCACGGGGUCUUCUCGGGCUCCCUCAACAUCUUGCUCAAGUUCCUCAUCAGCCGCUACCAGUUCUCCUUCCUGACCCUGGUGCAGUGCCUGACCAGCUCCACGGCGGCGCUGAGCCUGGAGCUGCUGCGGCGCCUCGGGCUCAUAGCCGUGCCCCCUUUCGGUCUGAGCCUGGCGCGCUCCUUCGCGGGGGUCGCGGUGCUCUCCACGUUGCAGUCCAGCCUCACGCUCUGGUCCCUGCGCGGCCUCAGCCUGCCCAUGUACGUGGUCUUCAAGCGCUGCCUGCCCCUGGUCACCAUGCUCAUCGGCGUCCUGGUGCUCAAGAACGGCGCGCCCUCGCCAGGGGUGCUGGCGGCCGUGCUCAUCACCACCUGCGGCGCCGCCCUGGCAGGAGCCGGCGACCUGACGGGCGACCCCAUCGGGUACGUUACGGGAGUGCUGGCGGUGCUGGUGCACGCCGCCUACCUGGUGCUCAUCCAGAAGGCCAGCGCUGACACAGAGCACGGGCCGCUCACCGCGCAGUACGUCAUCGCCGUCUCCGCCACUCCGCUGCUGGUCAUCUGCUCCUUCGCCAGCACCGACUCCAUCCACGCCUGGACCUUCCCUGGCUGGAAGGACCCAGCUAUGGUCUGCAUCUUCGUGGCCUGCAUCCUGAUCGGCUGCGCCAUGAACUUCACCACGCUGCACUGCACCUACAUCAACUCGGCCGUGACCACCAGCUUCGUGGGCGUGGUAAAGAGCAUCGCCACCAUCACGGUGGGCAUGGUGGCCUUCAGCGACGUGGAACCCACCUCUCUGUUCAUUGCCGGCGUGGUGGUGAACACCCUGGGCUCCAUCAUUUACUGUGUGGCCAAGUUCAUGGAGACCAGAAAGCAAAGCAAGUACGAGGACCUGGAGGCCCAACCCAGGGGAGAGGAGGCGCAGCUAAGUGGAGACCAGCUACCUUUCGUGAUGGAGGAGCUGCCUGGGGAGGGAGGAAAUGGCCCGUCAGAAGGUGGGGAAGCAGCAGAUGGCCCCAAUCAGCAGAGCAAGCAAGAGGUCAGGGGCAGCCCCCGAGGAGUCCCGCUAGUGGCUGGGAGCUCUGAAGAAGGGAGCAGGAGGUCGUUAAAAGAUGCUUACCUCGAGGUGUGGAGGUUGGUUAGGGGAACCAGGUAUAUGAAGAAGGAUUAUUUGAUAGAAAAUGAGGAGUUACCCAGUCCUUGAGAAGGAGAUGCAUGUAUGUACCUAUGUGCAUACACUUAUUUUAUAUGUUAGAAAUGACACGUUUUAAUGAGAGGCCUCCCCAUUUUAGUCUUUGAGGAGUGGGAAAGGGAAGAAAAGAAAGAAGCUGAAAGGUACUGACACAGAGCGACAAAAUUAGCACCUGUGUGAAUUAUUUAGUGUGACUUCACCUGAGGCAUCACAGAGACAAAAGAAUGUGAAGGUACUUAACAAAGUAAGGCAAUGGUUUCUGCUUCAGACUCCUGGCACAUUUAAUUUUUGUCAUUAUAACCAUAACUAAAUAUCUGCAUGUACCAAGAGUCCCCAAGCCACCCCCUCCAAAGAUGGAGUGUAGAAAUGAUGAGAGCACUUAAUAAGUUCAAAGAUGACAUUCAGGGAUGCAUUUUUGAUGAUAGAACUACAGUUUUUAUCGCCAGCUGGGCAAAGAGUAUAUUGCUGAAAUGAUAUAUAAAUAUACUGAAUUGAUGUUUACUGAUUAUAGUCAUCUGAAAUACCAUAUUUACUCUGAUUCUACUCACUUGUUUUUUAAAAAUAGGUGUCCUAUUAUUGUAUUAUAUAUUGAUAGAAACUGUUAAAGCUAUUUUGAAAAUAUGAGUUCUUAGCUUUAAUCAUGAAGUCUAAAGUUUGCUUUUAGUAAUUAUUUUAAAAGUUGUUCCGUUCAUUGCUUUAUAAUAUUUAUUAUUGAAUGCCAAACCUGUUCUUUUUUUUUUUUUUUUUACUGUGUCCAAUAUUCUUUCAAGCAAAUGCAAUGGCUGGAAUAUAAUUCAGAAUUAACUGAAACCCAGCCAGAAGAGGGACCACCUGUAAAGCAAGUCCUUUCAAGUUGUGCUGCACAUCCCAAACCAUGUUACAAAAAGAGCAACUGCUAUAUUCACAUUAUGAUAUUUUUCUAUCUUAAAUUUGUCAAAAUAAAGUAUGAGUCUAAUAUUAAAA